AUGCUAAAAGAAGAAAGCGUGGAAGUGGAACUCGUAAAAUUAGAAAAUGAAUUAAGUAAAGGUGAAAACAGCUUUGAAAAAAAAAAAAAAAAAAAAGUCCAAUUUUCAGACAAAAAUGAAACCAUAUAUUAUGAGAAAGACGAAAAUGAAAACAGCUACUUCAAUUUUGCCCUUAACAACUUUAACUACUUUGAAUGCUUUUACAAUGAGAUGUAUAACUGUGACUUUGACGAGAAGGAGUUUAAGGGUGGCCAUUCUUUCCUAAAUGAAGAGGAUGAUAAAGGGGGAAGUUACAAUUCCCUUGAAAUUUUCGAGGCGAAGGAUUCUUCCGAUGAAGGGACCAGCAAAGAGAAUGACAAAGCAAAAGGCGUGGUUAGAAGGAGUUACGUCUCCAUGAAUACCGGGGAGGACGACUCCGCCGAUGGGACAACCGACGAGGAAUCAACAAAAGGCUCGUCUUCCAACCGAAACGGAAAAAAUCAAUCACUUAAAAGAGAAAGGUUUACUCAUUCCUUUAAUGAAGAUUCUUCCUUCGAAGUGAACGACGUACAUGCAGCCAUUUUAAAUGCAGAGGAGAAAACUAGCAACUAUAGUGAAGACUAUUUCGGGUUCAACAUAGAACCGUUUAAUAUGAAGAACGAGUUGAAGGAAGGAUACAUAGACAAGCAUGGCAACUACAUUUACAACGAUCCUGACGGUGAUGAUUUCGAGGAGGCCUGGUUAAAGUCAGUGGAUGAGGAAGAUCCGUUCACCUCAUUUUCCAAUAAAAAAAUAAAAGCAAAAAUACACAACGAAACGGUGUCUAAACUUGAUAAGCUGAAAAAUCAAAGUCUCAAUAAUAAUGACCUCUCUGUGAAUAUAUACGAUGCGUUGUACUCCCUCUCUUGUCUCCUAAUUGAAAAGGAAACACCAAUUAAAGCCAUGGUUAGAUACAAGAGAGAUUUGAAGCUUUGUAAAAAUUACCUUAAUGAGUGCAAACUUAAGUUAGACAAAUUCAAAUUCGUUGCGGCCCCUCGGGCGAGCAAUGAAUCUUCGGAAGAUCCAAAUGUGUCCAAGUCAUGCCAAGGGGCAGAUGCAGACCCUUCCGGAGCGGACGAAGGGAAGAGGGACGAGGACGGCAGAGGCGCCCCGCGGGGAUCAGGUAAAAAGAACGUCCUGCAGGUGAAAUUGAAGACGCGGGGAGGUGACGCGAUGGAGAAGGAAGCGACGGAAAAGGAAAUGGUGGAAGAGGAAACCUUGGUGAACGAAGCGGUAGACAGCGAAGUCAUUCCAAAUGGGGAAAUCCAAAGUGAGGAGGGUGAGCAUGAGGGCGAAAAGAACGAAGAAACUCCCCAUGAGGAACAUCCCGUCGAGGAAGAAGCGCAACCCCAACAGGAAGAACCCCCGGCGGAGGAAGCGACGGAACAAGAAAAAGCAACUGAACAGGAGGGAGAAGUGAUGGAAGAGGAAAAAGCGGCUGAACAGGUGGAGGAGAAGGAAGCAGAAGAAGAAAAAGCAUCUGCAGAGGAUGAUAAAACGGCUAAUGACUUAAUGAACGAGGCGGAAGAGAAAGACAAUCCUACACAGGGCGAACAGCCAAACGAGUUGCAGAGGCUCGAGGAAACAUACCAGAAGAUUUCCCUGGACUACAAAACAAUCGAAAGGAGGUUUAACAACUUGAUAGAUUUGACGCAGAAAUUGACAAACGAAUAUAAAAACGUGUACUUCUUGGCGAAGCACGAAUGUGAAGGUUUGUGCAAAAAGCUGGAGGAGUCCAAGGAGGAGAGCGUAGACAUACUAUGGCAGCUGAGGUGGACUAGUGACGCUAACAACAAUGUCUAUGGUCCCUACAGCUACUAUGAUAUAUAUAAUUUAAUAUCCGUAGGAAUUGUCUCAGCGGAAAAUCCAAUACAGCUGAGAAGGAUAAACAAGGAAAACAAAGUUUUAGAGAAUAUAUGGCAGAUGUACGACGCUGUCAAUUAUCUUACAUUUGUUAGCAACGAGAGUGUUAAAAAAAAGAGGAAGUUGAGUGAAACCACCAACCAGAUCGACGCGGAAGAAGAUGAGAGCGACGAGGGGGACAACUCCCUGGAUGAUGAGUAUGACAUUAAGAAGAAAAAGCGGAAGAAGAAGGGCCUCAUCCAGAUAUCGAAAAAGAAGGAGGUGUCCUCCACCAAUGAGGACGACUCGGACAACGAGGAGGACGACUAUGAGAACUAUGACUACUGA